CGGACACACAUCUCAAGUUAGCUUCGCCCAGAUCGGUGUUCGCUGUUAGGUUUUCCUCUUUCGUCUCUUCGCUCCUUCGCUGCACUUGAAAUGCAGCAAAUUGUAGGUCACCAUCCGAAGAAUCCAAGCUCAUUCUCCACCAAUCUCUUCUUUCUUGAUCGUUCCUCAAGCCAUUACAAUGGCUCUCCAUUCCUCAUCCAUUCGCCUCGUCGGCGGUGUCGCCCCCUUCUUCAUCCACAAGCCCCGCUUCCAACUCCAUCGGUGUACCGCCGUCUCCGCUGUCGACUCCUCCAAAGUUCGUUUCGUUGCCCGCCGGGCCGAAUCUUCCAAAGUGCAGCAACUCCAGCGUCCUCUUGCGGAUUACAUGGCACUGCCGGCGAGCCAGUACUCAGUUCUAGACGCGCAGCGAAUCGAGCGAGUUGAUGAAAACACCUUCAGGUGCUACGUAUACCGUAUUAAAUUCUUCACCUUCGAGAUCUGCCCCGUCCUCGUCGUUCGAGUCGAGGAAGAGCCCUAUGGAUGCUGCAUUCGGCUGCUUUCCUGUAAGCUUGAAGGGUCACCACUCGUGGAGGCGCAGAACGAUAAAUUUUCUGCUUCUAUGGUGAACAAAAUUUCUUAUGAUACAACUUUACGUGACUCACAGAUGCAGCAGCUUACCACUGACACCAUCAUUGAGGUAACUUUGGAAGUACCUUUCCUCUUUCGUGCUAUUCCAGUUAAUGCUAUUGAAUCGGCUGGUACACAGGUUCUAGAACAGAUACUAAGAAUAAUGCUUCCAAGAUUUCUAAACCAGCUUGUGAAGGACUACCAAGCCUGGGCAUCAGGUGACGAUUCAAGAAAAGCUCUUGGGACCGGUGAAAUCUGAAGAAAA